CGAAAAGGGUAAACCAGACACAUGAAGCCAUGGAGUCGGACAAGUUGAACGAAUUAAAUCGACAAAUCAAUGAGAUUAAGAAGCGCAUUUUAUUGGCAGAUGGCCAAAAGACGGCUAAUGCGGCCGAGUGGCAGAAACAGAACCGCAUCAACUGCGACACCAUUAGCUCUUUGAAAAAGGACAUCAAGGAGCUGACGGUGAAGGCGAGUCGACUGCGAAAUCCCCUCCAACGACCAGUGGUCAUCAAGGAGCACACUGGGGAAUCCCGGAGGGCUCAGAGCUGCACGCCCACUUUAAUUGUGGGCAAGGCCACGUAUCCUGUGGGGGCUAAAAACGCCGACGAUGCCAUUUUCCUCACUGAUCUCAAGAUUACCGAGAGUCGCAAGCAGAUGGAUCUUCUGCGGCAUCGCUUCAAAUCCCGCCAGCAGCACUUCAGUAAACUGGUGGAGAAGUAUCGUGGUCUGCUGUCCAACAAGGAGGCACAGAACCAAAACUUGGGUGAAAAGCCCCCAGAAACCCUCGAGGAGGAUGCCAAUAGGAAGCUCGUUUGCCAUCUGGAGAACGAGAUCCACCGCACCAAUGUGCAGUGGAUGGAGGCGGAGCACAUCCGCAAGAAGUAUCGCUCCAUUGAGGCGUCCUUGAUGACGGAUGCGGAGCGUUUUGAGCGGAGUCUGCGGGAGCUGGAGGCAUCACUGAGUGACCAGAAGGCGGAGAUCGAGCGACUGCAGCAGGUGCACAACGAGGCGGUCGAGAUGCGGGACGCGGCCAAGGUGAUCCUGCAGCGUCAGGAGCAGCAGGCCAAUCUCUCGCAGAAAACCAGGGAGCGGCAGGCUCUCGACUUCCGCAAACAGGUGGAGGCCCGAAAACUAGAGCUGGAGCGGAUUGGGCGCAAGCUCUUUGCCGAAACCAAGACACUGGUCCACCAGGACAGUGUGGGAUCCAGUUCGGGCGACCAGCACACGGCCAAGACGGAAAACGGCGAGGAGGAGCCGGUGUCCCAACUGGAGAGCGUGACCAGCGACAUGGAAUCCCUGUUCAAGCAGCUUAUGGAGGCCUCCGGCGCCACCUCGCCGUUCGAGGUCUUUGAAAGAUUCAGUGCCCAAAAGGAGUCCGCCGCCCGAUUGAACUAUUUACGGAAGGCAGCCGAGGCGGAAAAGGCCAAUCUGGAGGCGGAACGCGAGGCUCUAAGCAGCGAACUGGAGGCCUCGAAAUUCUCCGAUGUCAAGGAGAGUGAAGUAAACCAAGAGGUCAUUGAACAAAUCAAGAACAGCAUUGCCGCCAAGGAGCAGGAUCGCAAACUGGACACUGACGAGGCGGGCAAAUCGAUGGGGGUGUUGAAGUAUCUCAAGGAACGCAUCUGCGAGAUGAUCUUUAAGGUGCAGGAAGUGGACGAGAGCAACAUCGAGAUACCCGAAAGGAAGCUCCAUGUGAGCGUAGCCGAACUGCCCAAUUUUCUGACCCACACUGCCGAAGAUGAGGAUAUGAUUGAGAUACUCAAACUAAAGAUUAAACGCUGCCAAGAGUUGAGCAAAUCCGAGGAUGUGCCACCGUUCGAGAUACCCAAGUUGGACAUAGUGGAUGAGGAGGAGGAGGAGGAGAUGUACAAGGCGGAGCCGCCCAAGUCCCCAUCCGCUCCCGAGGGCGAGAAGCCACAGCCCAUGCCCGUGUGCUACUAUAAUCUGUUCGCAGGGCGUGCCCAAAGAGCUGCGGGCACAUCCUCAUCCUCUCCAGAACAGGCUCCAGCGGCGGUGGCCACCACAGACGACGACAAUGAAGUGCCAUCCCGGAACUUCCUAAAGCGACAAUCUGUACUUAUUGUUGAUUCAAAAUCCCGUCGAAAGCCAUUUAGACCUGCACCCGGAGCAAGACGAAAAUAAAUGUGUUCCGAAAAUGUCAUUUCAUUAUUGAAGUCAAAUUUAAUAUAUUUAUAUACUUUAAGAUGCAGUCUAAAAUAUCAAAUUUAAGCAAAUGCAAGGGUACACAAAUAUUAGUUUCUGUGGUUUCCUUUCCUGUUUCUCAACUUUGACAAAUUGUCUUCAGUCCAUCAUGUCAUGGUGGAGCAACUUUGAAAACUUUCUAAA